AAUCUGACGAGGACAGUCGUUUUGUGAUUUCAGCGACUCCGCACUGUUUUGGCAAAAGAGCGAAUCUUGAUUUAACAUGGCAGAAAAAAAAGCUAAGGAAAAGGAUCCCAUUGACAUCGUUCACCAGAAUGCCAUCCACGUCGAGACGAUUUUGAAAGAACAUAGAUCUCAGAAGCUGUAUACAAAGUUCAGCAUCAACCCAUACAAGAAACUUCAUGUUUUGACGGAUAAGCCUAUGUCGACGAACACUCACGAGCAAGUGGAGGAGGAUCCUGCAUUCCUAAAGAUAAUCCAUGGAGCGCACCUAGAACCAACUAAGAAGUACACUUACCCAAUGACGGAAAGCCAAGAGGUUGGCUGGAUAUCUACUCCUCUGAUCGUGUCUGACCGCAGCGACCGGAGACUCAACUUCCCCCGGCAGAACUCCGAAAUCACCAAGUACAUGGAUGCUGCGUGGCGCCUCAAAGAACAGACCCAAAACCUGCGCUGAAGGUCACACUGCCGACACAAGGAAUGGCUACUCUAUAAAUCAAAGACUGUUGACAGACAACCAUGUAUUCAUGUUGUUUCUAUUUGCUUACCCUUUAGGUUGAAUGUCUCGUAAUGAUAGAUAUGAUAGAUAGCCCAAUAUAACUGUUUUUUCUUGUUUAUGCUAAAUAAAAUCACAAAGUAUAAACCAGUCUCACCGAAAUAUACAAUUGUGUCAGUAAAUCGUAUCGUAUUAGCAAUAUUGACUGAUCAAAAGGCUACAUAAAUAAUGAUCAAUAUGAAUGCCAUGCCAUGGCAUAUGAUCAAUCAUAAGGACCUGAAUUACAUGUUCAAAUGUGUGUCCCAAAAUUCAAUAACAAUUUGCCAUCUGCA